ACCAAAAACCGCUUAUCACAAUGUCCGUCUCUUGGGGCUACACACAGCAAAACGGUCCCCAGAAAUGGCCGGAAAUGUUCCCGCAGGCUCGUGGCCAGCGCCAGUCGCCGGUCGAUAUCACGACCUCGAAAACGCAGAACUCGGGCGACCUGCAGGAGAACCCGCUCAAGUGGACCUACGUUCCGGAGAACACGCGCAGCCUGGUCAACCCGGGCUACUGCUGGCGGGUGGACGUCAACGGCAAGGGCUCGCUGCUCACCGGAGGACCGCUGCAGAAGGAGGAGUUCAUCCUUGAGCAGUUCCACUGCCACUGGGGUUGCUCGGAUUCGCGCGGCUCGGAGCACACGGUGGACGGCGAGUCGUUCGCCGGCGAGCUACAUCUCGUCCACUGGAACCAGAGCAAGUACAAGAGCUUCGCCGAGGCCGCCGGUCACCCGGACGGGUUGGCCGUGUUGGGCGUCUUUUUGAAGGUCGGCAAGCCUCAUCCAGAGCUGGACAUCAUCGCUCGUCUGCUUCCGUUCAUCACCCACAAGGGCGAUCGCGUAACACUCAACAAACCACUUGAUCCAGCUCGCCUCUUGCCGGAGGGUAAGGCUUACUGGACCUACCUGGGAUCACUGACGACGCCGCCGUGCUCCGAGUCCGUCACCUGGAUUCUGUUCAAGGAGCCGAUCGAGGUGUCCCACGAGCAGCUGGAGCUGUUCCGCGAGAUGCGUUGCUACGAUGCGGCCGAGGAGUGUCCCUGCGAUGCAACCAUCAAUAAGCAGUUCGAGUACGGCAAGGUCAUCAACAACUACCGUCCACCGCUGGAGCUCGGCAACCGGCAGCUCCGUGAGGUCAACAGCUACUAGGCCCCCAGCGUCGGCCAUGUGUUUGGUCCCUGCCUGGAGUUUGGUUUUUUUAAUUCGCAUGGUACAGUUUAAUAUGUCUCGAACGGGUCGAUCUGUGACCGACCCAGUAGUGCCAAUGGCAACGACGCACCGGUCGAGGUUCGCGCGCUCGUAUGGUAAUCGUGUUUUAAAUUAGAUUCAUUUGCUCAGCGCGCACGACGGUGUGGGCAUAUACGAAUGGCGUCGCCACAGGAAAUCCUCAAUUCAAACUACUACGUUUUGUUUCUUUUGCGCCAUGAAAGUGAGCUGGAAAUAUGUCACAGGAACCGGUAGACAAUAGGGUGACCGAGCAGAUGGAAUGGAAAGGAAACCACGACACAGACACGUGUGCAUGUGCAAACGACAGAUAAGGGACAAUUGAAAGCAAUACUUGUUAAAUGUUUACUAUUUUGUGAGAAAGACGUAGAAUGAAGAGGAUUUAUAUUCAGCAUAAUAUAUUAAAUCGUUAGCAAACCCCAUGAGGAAACCCAUGUAUUCAAGAGCAGAGUGUCCGGACAGUGAAGUGGAAACGUUUGGACAUCAAACCGAUAACAAAUGUUUGGACAUUACACACUGGCAAGCAUUGAAUUGUUGAUUAAUAUUUAAAGGCGAUGAAGGGUAGAUAUGCUAUGGUUGCCUUUAUCUACGGAAAGGCUUUUAGUAUCGGAAAGAAGUGUCUUAAUUAAUAGUGAGUAUAAAAUAACCGUUUGAAAGGUAAAACACGACGACAAUAUCCCUAAUAAGAAAGUCAUCCAGUUAACAUACGAAAACAAACCUUCAAGUUGCACCUUCAGGUCCGGCAUGUAAAUGAGCCUCUUGCUGGCGGAUUUUAUCAGGGUUGAAUUAUUACACGACAGAGUAGAAUUGUUAUUUGCGAUCGCGAGAUAGUCGCAACUGGUAACUAAUGCUAGCAUGUGCAUUAGGAAGUAGCAUUGUUUGAAGUAGAUGGGAAUGCAUGGUAAUAAAAUUAUAGAUGCAACAGCGAAGUUGA